CUAACAAGAAGAAGAAACUGGGGAAGCUUUGAGCUCUCACUCUUCACCGGAACCUCAAGAUAUUAGGUCGGAGAGAGGGACGUUGCAAUCAAGAAACAAAGAGGCUACGAUACCCACUGCUUGAACACUGCCUUAUAAACAAAGAUUUCCAAAGAAGACAUGAUGUCCCAGUCUGCUAGCCUGUUCAGUGAUGACCCUUUCUUCACCCAGGACAGGCUGCUGCGGCCCCUACAUCGCGAGGCCCUCUCCUCACUGCAGCAAGACUUCUUCAACCGGAGAGCCAAGCUGGCUGACAGCUUCCUGAGGGAGCUCCACGAUGGGCUUCCCCUGCUCAGACUUAUCCAGAUGCCCCUCAUUUCCUCCACUUUGGAAAGGUUGAGUGAUGGUAAAGAACAGCAGAAAGAGACUCCCAGCACAGAGCUACACAAGGAAGUCACAGAAAACAACAGCGACCUCCUGGUGACCAUUGAUGCUCGUGGUUAUGCCCCUGGUGAAAUCAUGGUCAAACUAGAAGGGCGGAGCCUGGCAGUGGUGGCCACGAAGCAGGCAGGAGCAGAAGAGACCCAGUCCUGCUCCUCCUCAUCCUCCUGCGCCUCCCUCUGCUCUGCAGCAGCAUCUCAGAUGGGGUUCGUCCAGAAGAUCAACCUGCCCGAUCACGUGGAUCUGUCUGGCCUAUCUUGUUCCCUGAUGGAUAACGGACAGCUGCGAAUUCACGCCCCUGUGGCCAAACAGCCUGUCAGUGAGGAGCGCCAGGUGCCCAUUCGGUUCAGGACAUCACUGGAAUUUCCCAUCACCAAGGAUGAGACAGAGGAGGAGCACACAGACUAAUGUAUAUGUGACACAUACUUCACACAUACUGUAUGAAUGAAAAUUCAUUUUUUUAAUAAACAUUUAUGUUUUUGUGCUCACACACUUACACUAAAAGACUGUUUAUAAUGAGUAAAGUUUACAAUUUGUAUAAACUGUUGAAAUAAAGUGCUUGAUUUUCAGAAAAGUAUAUUAGUACAGUAGUGUCUUCAUAAUGCUGGGAUGUACUAAAUAAAUAUAAAACUACUCUUGUUAGUUACUUUUCUGGGCACAAGAUGGUGCCAGCAACCAGUUUACACAGAGCAUGGACCAGGAGGAGAGAGAGGGGGGUGAGACAGCAAGCAGGCGGAAGAGAAAGAGAACAGUCUUACGUAAAUGCUUGCAUUAUGUUCAGCUCCCCUGAGGAGGCUGAAUUAGUAACUUUAAGAAGCUCCAGUGACAUUUGAUUUCCUGGAGAGCAGAAACCUGCUGGCACACCGGAGCAGGUGACAAACAGUAGCGGCACCUUAAUGUUUUGAGUCCUAGGGUGUCUCAACAGAGAAGACAUAAAGACGUUAGGAGAAAAGAAAGGGAAAUGCAAGACAUGAACAGAUGUAGUUGACUUAUCCCUGUUGGUAUUUUGUUACGCAACGAGUUUUGGUUUUAUUUUUUAAUAUAUCAGCUGGUAUCUUAACUGAGGUGAAUGGAAUUUGGUUUUUCAUGCUCAGCAUAGAGAAAAACUGAAUAUGUAGUACUUAUCAUAACAGCUGCAUCUUUUAUUGUAACAAGCAAUAGAACGUGCUGUUAACAGUUUUAAUAUUAAGAAUUCGUCCUUAUGAAAACUGUAUAUGUUCUGUGAAUUAU